GUGCGGUAAAAUGGCGUCAUACACAAGCCAAUGUUGUAAACAAACAGUAACGGGAUAACAUUACUUCAUGUAUUUGUCGAUUUGGUUCUGAAUAACUUUGCCAGGACACAAGAACGCCAUCUGCAGUAAACAGGACGUCCUAUGAAAAAGUAUUGUUGUCAUUAUCCUUGGCUUCAGGUCGAAUUACUCAAAUACUCGCUAAGUCAGGCCACUGAAAUAAACAGGACAAGCCACCUUAAAUGUGAACAGUGAAGGGAACAAGGCUACGAGGAGAAAAAAAUCAGCCACAAUGUCUACAACAUCUGCAAAGGGUUGGUCAUAUCUACAGGAAAAGCAAGGAUUCUCAUGGGAGCAAUAUCUCAAAGAGAAUGAUGCAAAGGCUGCUCCCAGUUCUUGCUUCAAGCAGGCAGUAGCUCCACCAUUAAAUGACUUUGGUAAAAUGAUGAAGCUGGAAGCAAAUGACCCUCGCAACAACACAUCCAGCUGUAUUGCAACAGUAAUCGAUAUGCAAGGACCACGACUGAGGUUGAGGCUCGAUGGCAGUGAUGACAAGAAUGAUUUUUGGCGACUGGUUGACUCGGGGGAUCUGCAUCCUGUUGGUUAUUGUGAAAAACACCGUGGCUUGUUGCAACCACCACUAGGUUUCCGAAUGAACUCCUCUAGUUGGCCAGGGUUCUUACAGAGGACUUUAAGCAAUGCAACCCUUGCACCUGACAGCUGCUUUAAGAAGGAACCACCUUCCCCACCACGCAACGAAUUCCAAGUAGGGCAAAAGUUGGAAGCAGUAGACCGGAAGAACCCAGCUUUAAUUUGCCCGGCAACAGUUGGUGCUAUUAAUGAUGACCAGAUCCACAUAACAUUCGAUGGAUGGCGCGGUGCUUUUGAUUACUGGUGUCGCUAUGACUCCAGAGAUAUUUUUCCUGUCCGCUGGUGUGAGAAAAGUGGACAUCCUCUACAAAGUCCCGGUAUUAAAGCCAGUUCCUAUAAAAGCUCAAAAAUGAUGCGUGAUCCAGAGCUAAGUGUCAGCGUGAGUGGUAGUGCUGCAAGUGGCAGUCCGUCCAUCAGCCCACGCAACUCCCAGGCCAGCCCUCUGACACCCAGCUCAGGGGAGGCAAGCCACCUGUCUCCCAACGAGAGUGCUGUAACCAGUUCUGAGCCAGACACCACUGGCAAUGACAGUAGUGAGAAAGUGUGUGUGCAUGUGAACCACAACUGCCACUGUGGCAACCUCAUCCAGCCCCGCAAGGUGAACCAGAUGCCCUUACACUUUGGUCCAGCACCUAUUGGCGAAGUCCUCCGCGACAUGGUGGAAUCCUGUAUUGAGUGUGCCGUACAAGAACGCCAGGUGUUUGAUGUCCUCAAAAUGGCUGCUCCAGGGACAGGAAAGAUUACUAUUACAGCUCUCCACAACAACCGCACCUACACCAAAAGAAUUGUUUCCUAUGACAAAGUCUCGCAAUUUAUUCGUUUCCUCGACGGCUUCAGAGAGAGUUUGGGCUGUUGCGAGAACUUUUUCAGCCUCAAUUCACUUCCGCAAGGACGCCAAUGUCCUAAAUGUGGCAAUAAAUCUUCCAAGACUGCCAACAAGAGAUCAGAUUCUGAAGAGGAUAACUACCUUGUUCACAAAGCCUCAAAGAGACGGUGGUCAACAGAAUCUUCUGAGAGCUCCAGGGGAGGGGUCAAAGUCCAUAAAACAGUUGGGGGCAAAAAUUCAACUUUUGAAGCUGGAGAUAGAUGGGAAGGCAUUUCUGCUGCUGAAGAGUGAGAUGAUGCUCAAGUACAUGGGUCUCAAGCUGGGCCCGGUGGUCAAACUGUGCAAUAUCAUUGACAAGCUCAAGGCCAGCUGUACCAAGUAAAGUCUCGUAUUUCGUGUGUGAUGGAUUCUGCGAACGUUUGAGGAGAGUGUUGUAGACUUGUGUUAUUUACGUCAGGUGAAGCUGCGUGGUGAAGAUGAUGUUGACUGCUCAACACACCCCUCUUUCCUGCUUGCGUCCAUAUCUAUGCAUCUGCAUUUUUGGCAAGGCAUAGUCCUUCUGUUGGCAGAUAAAUGUAUUCCCUCCAGCACUCGAAGCGACAUGUCUCUGCUUCAUGUUGUGAAAUGUAUUCAUGUAGACACAAAACUCUCCCAUGGUUGAACGACGAUGGUAAAGUUGCCUAGUGUGACACCUUUCAUAAGACAGCAAGGAUAAUCAAUGCUGAACUCGAAGAAAAGUAUUAGGUCAACUAAUAAUGGACUAUACCAAAGUCCAGAGUGUGGUUAAAUGGGAAGCCUUUCUUCUUUUCAAGGACUAUACACAUUGUUAAAAUUUUCAGGAUGGGCACAAUUUAAAACUACACGUCAUUUGAAAAGAAUGUUGCAGGCCCUAUAAUUUUUUUCUUAUUCCUCAACAUUGCUAGAGUGUAUACAGAAUAAGAGGAAAUUCAUAUUUUGUCAGGUGGUGGCUAGUGGCAAAAUUUCUCAGUCCUUGGUAUUACUUCUGUGACUACUGGGUUGUUUAAAGUGACAGGGACACCCAAGUGUGGUUCUAAUCACUUUGUUGACUUAGCAAUGUUAAAGUGAAAAAAAAAAGUGGUAUGUAUGUGGUGAGUUGAGUUACAAGUUUUCAUCUAUGACAUUUGCUUGUUUGAGAUUUGAGUGUUUUUUUAAGAGAAGCCAUUGAUAGACAUUGUGUGGUGAAUCAGGCUUAAAGUUGUCCUCCUGGGCAGACUAUAUUUCUUGAGUCAGAUACAGUGAGAUAAAGCAGUCUUCAGCCAUUGCAGCUGGUAUUAAUAUAAUAUUUUGUGAGCUCUUUUGUGCCACUGUUGGGUGAGAUAUGAGAAUCACUAACUGCUAUGAACAUCUUUGUAAAAGUUAAUAAUAAUAAUGAGUAGCAUAUUUUGUAUAGGGCAUAUCCCCACUCACGAGCAAGCUCUAUGUGCAUUACAUUAUUAUUACCUCAGCAGACCCUAGAAGACUCGGAAACAUUCACAGCUUCCUUGGAAGCAUACAGUGCAAGCAGCUGAUUUUAUUUAAGUGUUCAAUACUAACAGACAAGAUCUUUCACUGUCUAUAACGAGAUACCCAUUCUCAUCUGGGUGAAGUGAGGAAAAUUCAUGUAAAAUACCUUUUGUAAGGACGCAAUGUCAAGUCAACAACCUUUUGGUUACGAGUCCGAGAGCCUAACCACUAAGCCACUGACGCCAAGCCUUAGCUUGAUUUCUCCAUCAAAAUAUCAAAAUGAAAAGUUAGAAUGAGAUUAGAUUUAAAAAAGACUGAAGUAUGUCAGUAUAUUAUUAUCUUUGUUCAAUCUAAUAAGUUUUGAAGCUUUUCAGGACUUACUUUUAAUGUCUCCAAUGUUUUAUUUUUAUUUGGCUUUCUUUUCUCAAAUAUGUUUUCCACGUUGAGUAGGGUUGCUUUUUUGUCAUUCAUCAAUACAGGCAGUGUUGGUGUUGUGUAACCUUUUUAACGUCAUCAUUUCGAGCUAUUCAAGUUAUUGUUAUAAGUGAGUUGUGGCCUUGAACUUGUUGUAUAUGUGUGAAUGAAGAUGGUAGCCAGAGGAGGCGAGGCAACAACUGUGUUACGUAAAAGUCUGUCACUUCAUUUGUUCCCUCCAGAAUCUUUACAUGUUGUUUGUUGUUUUUUUAGGUAUUUUUGUUUGGGAUUUUUUUGGUAUGUUUUCUGCCUCAGGAAUAGAUUAAUCUGGAAACUCUUGAGUACUGCUGAAAUGUGUUGGUAGGUUUGUGUUGUUUACUUUUUUUUCUGUGGGUAUAUGCUUUGGUUUGAUUUAAGCUUGAUUCAGUGUAUUAGAUGGAUCAGUUUGAAGUAAUGAGAGGCUAAGAGAAGCGUGGUGCAGUGAAAAGUAAAAGAUGGAAAGAUCGUGUGAGAGUUUGUGAGACACAAGGAAGAAGGAGGAUGAGGAUCUGUCCAUCUGACUGUGCACCAUGGGCAUCCUUCUGUUUCUCCAUACCGUGAUUAUACCUUCCAUUCUGCUGUGUUCAAAUUGUAUCCAGUCACUACCAUAUUCACCAAUAUUUUUCCUUUUCCUUAAAUUUUACGUGGUUGAUUGUAUAUAUUUACAUAUAUCUUGUUACGUUAACCAGUUUAUGGUUGCAAGCUCCAACUUUUUGUGUGCUUCAUCAGCUGCAGCAAUGCAAUGAAAUUGUGUAUAUAACUAAUCAUUAUCAUCAUGUUGCUUGUAUGGCUUUUUGUUUUUUGGGGUUGUUGUUUGGGUUUUUUUCUCGUUUGGCUGUAUACCUGAUAAAUAUUUUCAAAUAUUAUUGCAAUUUAUGAAGGUUUUGAUGCUUCUUUACAUGGGUUUGUUUUGGUGAUGUUUGUUGAAAUUGUUUGAAUGCUGAUGAGUAGUACAGACAAAAAGAUUGUAAUUUUUACAAUCAUAUUUGGCGGCGAUGGGGUUUUUCUGUUAAAACUUUUCUCUGAAAACGUUUGAUAGCUGUGUGUGUUGGUGGUGGCCUCAGCAAAAUGAAUUUUGUUUUGAGAUUAUGAAUUAUAAACCAAUUACAAUCAUUGAAACAUAUGAUGUACAGCCUUGAGUUAUUGUUCUUUUGAAAUUGAAUUCCCAACUGAAAACUGUGUCCUGCAUGUUAUCGUUCUUUCAGUGUUCCAUUUCGUAGUGGCAUGAAGAGUGGCCUGGACAUUCUAUUGUGAUUAUGAAAUUUGGAGGUCUUACAUAAUGAAUCAUGGUAUAGCAGAAGAGUGAUUCACUUUUAGUUUUAUUUCCUUGUGGCAUGUUAUUUUUGUUUACUUGCAGGGGAGAGUCAGCACUCUGAAGAAAAGUAAUGAGUGUAAUUUAUUUCUAAUGACUCAUGGUAGAGAUGAAAUGGCUUUCGUGAUUUUUUUCCCCAUUUCCUCUGAUUUCACGAAAGGAAUGUUCUAUAUCAGUGCUUCCUAAUUCUCUUUUUCAGAUUUUGAAGGAAAAAAAAUCUUAUGGCACAGUUUAAUUAAAAAUAAGUUAUCUUACUGUGUACUUGCUUAUUUGGCCCUGUCCUCUAUUGUCAGUUAUGGCCUUUUUGCUAGUUUGUGGACAACUGUGUGCCAGGGGUGUUUUGUACGUUGGUUCUUUUUUAUAUACAGUUUGAAACUCAAUUCAUGUCGUUGAUAAAUUUUGUGAAAGUAGUCUAGCAUGCACUUGUGAAAUGGGUGGGGUUGGAUGCGGAAAUGUUUUUCGCAAUGCAAAAAAGUUGCCAUGUACGAAUUUCAGGCUUUAUCAAGGGAGACAGGGUACGUUUUGCAGUUUGGGGUUUUUCACAUUGAUUUUUAUUUUACCACCUUUGCCAAGAACAGACAUUUUUCUUCAAUGGAGAAACCAUUCUGCUUCUAAUGCACCACUCUCUGCUGCAACUUCAUUCAGACCAAAUUUUAUAGAACACUGGCAAGCUGUUGCCUAGAGUGUAGUCUCUUUUGAAGAGGAAGCACAAUGACUCCUGUGCCAAUAUGUACUUGCCUUCAUGCGACUAUACACUUUCUUAAUGCAGAUGAAGUUUGCAGACUAAAUCUACCGCUAUACACUUCUGUGACAUAAAAAUUUGUUUUUAAAAAACCCAAGUCCUUGGCCUAUACUAGGCUAAAUACUAUUACUAUUGCCCUCUGCUUAUAAAAAUAAAACUCAUACCAUGUCCACUCACUCUGUCUUUCAUGGAAUUUAGAACGCGCAAUGCUUAUCUUUAAAUUAAUUCCAGUCCAAAGCUAAGCAAAGAGUUUGUGGAAUGGCAUAAUAGUGAAGUGCAAUAGCAUGUUUAGGCUUAGAGAUUGUGUCUUGUCAAGUAGUUGGUUGGUUAGACUUUGUCCCUAUUGAAUAUUCUUGGCAAUGUAGAGAGCCUGGAGCCAAGCUGUAAGUCUUCUGGAUGCUACUAACCAUGUGGAGAUAAAGUUCCUGGCUUUUUUCAGUUCAGGGAGAUAUUGAUUACUAAACUGUCAGUGUCGGCCUGUUGAUGUGCAGGUGAAAGUGGUUCAGUUACAUUGUAAUUGUUUUUAGGGACAAAGAAUGGUCAGAGAUGACCAAGAACAGAAUUUCACUGUAAAAUUUGUCAUUAUGUGGAAGUGGUAGUCAAAAUGUUAGCUCAGAAUUCUUCAAUCGAUUUCACUGGCAUGAAGAUUUAAUUGAUCUGCUUUGACUUCUUUGCAGUAAUUGUGUUCAGUAUGCCUUUAUAUUAAAGUUACGAUUUUUAAUUUUUUUCAUUUGCAAGCACUUCAUAAUUAAAAAUGAACCAUUGUUUGUCUGUUUUAUAAGAAAUAACAUCUCAACUAUUCGGUGCUACUCAUCUACAGAUCAUUCUUAUAGGUUUCACCUCCCCAUUAAUUGCUUUUUUAUGAUCAUGUUCCAUCAAUAAUGAAGACAUGAAAACACUUUACAGAGUAAAGCUAAUGUAAUCGAGUGUCUGCAUGUUUGCAAUAUCUGAUGCCAGCCAUAAAAUGAAGUUUUUGCUUCAGCUUCUGGGGGGGUACAUAUUUAUGUGGGUUUUUUUAGGUACAUAAUAUAUAUUUGCUAAGUGUGGGGUAUUUAAUUUUUUGUGCUUGUUAACAUGCAGUUGUGUUUGAAUUAUUUGAGAAAUGGUUUCUUCAUCUGGUCUCUUUUUUGGUAAUGUGUAUGGGUAUGUGUUUGAUCUUUUGAUGGAAAAGAGGGGGAUAGCUUAGCAGUUGUGUUUGUCACCAGUGGGAAAUGGAAUAUCUAAAGAUAUAAAAGAGAGCCUCACAGAUCCAGAAAGAUAAAGCGGUUAUGUGUGUUUAUGUUCUGCGAGUUGUGCCACAGCUGCUGGUUGAAUGAGAUUUGUGUCUAAGUAGGGUCCAAAAUAAAGUUCUCAUCCUGUUUUUGUUAUCUCUUGUCAUCCCCGGUGUUGUGACGGGGACCAAGUUAGAAAAUAACCAACAUAAUAUUUGUCAUUGUUGGCAAGCUGUUAAAAUACAUUAAGCCAAGAAGCAGAAUUCUACAGGAGAAAGAAAAAACUUUCAUUUUUUAACAAUUGCAAAGUAACUAUAUUAUAAUGUAUUUUUUUGGCCCAGUACGUUUUAACGGCUGGUCGACGUUAUGCUACAUGGGCCAUAGGGGACUUUACUAAGAACAAAAACAAAGGGGAAAAUACUGUGAACUUGACUAUGCCUGUGACCACUGCGUAAUGUCUGCAGUUGGGUGACAUUACAUUUGAUUCCUUCCAUACACAUAAUUAUGCAAUGCCUUAUUCUGUGCUGGUACCAGCAAAUUUCCCUCUGUAUCGUUCCAUUUUUACAUCUCUUUUUUUUUUUUGGGGGGGGGGGGGGUUGUUUGUUUGUUUUUUCCUUUUCUUUUGAGUUAGGAUAUUGUUACGGUUUGGUACCAUCCAGUAAUGUUUUAGCAUGUGCCAGUGAGAACAGAGUAUGUUUUGUUGUUUGUUUGUUUGGGUUUUUGGGGGUGGAAAAGGGGGGGGGGGUUGUCGCAUACAAUACACAUGGACAAGCUCUAUGACUGCCCUCUGUCUUGUCAGUCUCUUAAUGCUCAAAGAAACUUGGGAGAAUAUCUGAUUUUGACAGAAUUUUCUCAAAGCUAAAUGUAGCUGCACCAAGAAGAGCUCACUUUUGGUUGCAGUGUAGAUCCAUGUCUAGCUCCAGGGUCAGUUUCAGAUUUUUAAAAUUGUCCUUUCAAAGUCCUAAGACUUAUUUCAAAACACUGUAGCCAGAUAUCUUUGAAUUAGGGAAAGGCUAAUCUUUGUAUCAUAGACAAAGUGGUUCAUUUCUUUCAUGGCAAAACUCUUCAGGUUGUUGGUUUCAUCCUGAUCGACAUGCAAUUCCUGGAUCUUUUCCAUAGAUGCAUGAUGUAGCACACUCCCAGUAGGUUCUAUCUCAUCUACUGUUCCUGUGAACAGGGUUCAUGUCAUGGGACUUUGAUAUUAUUAAGAGCAUUUGUGUGCUUUCUACCACCAUACUCAUAAAUGCUAAAAUACUAUAUUUAGUACAGUUGAUGUGGGUUUAUGGGAGUAUGUGUCAUGCUUUGUGUUUUAACAGUGGAUGUAGUAUAUUAGGAAUGGAGUUUUGAAAAUUUUGUUUAAACCAUAUUAAGUGUAAUUUUCUGUUAUUAUUGCUAUCAUUUAUUUAAAAAUUUCUAUUCGUAGAAAUUGAAAGAUAAAAUAUAAGUACUUAGUUUAUACUUCGUUGAAAACCAGAAUGUCAUUCGUCAUGUUUCUGUCAUUUUUUUGUUUAUUAAACUACAACUGAGAAGUGAAA